AUGGCGACCAUGAACGCUUUAAACAACUCUGACCUAUAUACCGUCGGAUGGAUCGCAGCUCUCCCCAUAGAGCGUGCUGCAGCGACUGUAAUGCUCGACGAGCGCCACAGCACGCCGCUUGACUUUGUCCAACAUCUCUCCGACAUGAAUUCAUACACCUGGGGCAGAAUGGGUGAACAUAACGUUGUGAUUGCGUCGCUCCCUGCCGGCUUAUAUGGAACGGCUGCCGCUGCGAAUACGGCGUCGAAUCUUCUCUCAUCCUUACCCCAUAUCCGAAUCGGCCUGCUGGUUGGUAUUGGGGGUGGUAUCGCCCGACCUGACGAUGGUCGCGAUAUUCGGCUUGGCGACAUUGUCGUCAGCCAGCCACAGGGGACAACUGGCGGAGUCAUUCAGUAUGACCUCAAAAAGACUAUAUCCGAUCAAAGACAGGAGCGAAAGGACUUCCUUAGUAUGCCUCCACAAGUGCUUCUUCAGGCACUAGGGUCUUUGCAAGCAGAACACGAACUCGAGGACUCCAUGGUGCCUACAUUUCUGAAUGCUAUGCCGCGAAAGUCCCCGGCCGGUAAUGGCAUUAAAGGAAAUAAUGGUUAUUUUCAUCAGGGGAUGGAAAAUGACAGGCUUUUCAGGUCGUCAUACACGCAUAUAGGGGGACAUGACUGCCGUGGUUGCGAUUCAACAGAAGAAGUGGAGCGCGAUAUGCGGGACACAACCGAUCCGGAAAUUCACUACGGCAUAAUUGCAUCUGGAAACACACUUAUCAAGGACGCUGCCACGCGAGACAGGAUUGUGGAGGAUGUUGGUGAAGAAUGCAUAUGCUUCGAAAUGGAAGCUGCUGGCCUGAUGAAUCACUUUCCAUGUCUUGUGAUUAGGGGAAUUUGUGAUUAUGCUGACUCGCAUAAGAAUGAUCGGUGGCAGCGAUACGCCUCUGCUACGGCUGCUGCCUACGGGAAAGAGCUUCUCAGCUACGUGCCUGUCAGGGGACUUCAGGAGACACGGAAAGCUCUCGAUGUUCUCAAUUCCAUGAAUCAGGAUAUAAAAAGCCUUCAUGUCCUAGCAGGCAAUACGAUUAUAGGAAUAGAUGGUCUCAAGUUAAGCAGUCACUUCAAUGCCAUUGAAAAGUGGCUUUCGCCUUGUGACACGUCGACCAAUCUCAACGAAGCGCUGAAAAAGCGACUAGAAGGAACCGGUCUCUGGUUUCUCCAAAGCGAAGCAUUUCAGGCGUGGGAAAAAGGAGAACGCCUGUCCCUCUGGGUGCAUGGAAUCCCUGGGUGUGGGAAAACAAUCCUUAGUGCUACGGCUAUCGAACAUCUCAAUCAAACAGCUGCAAUUGAGUCUUCGCCCAUUACGCUUGAUUUUUUCUUCGACUUCAGCGAUGCCGAUAAAAAGUCAUUGAAUAAGCUUGUUCGAUCACUUAUUGCACAGCUUUACUCAAGAUGUCCUGAUUCUCGGGCAGAGCUGGAUAGAGUGUUUUCGUCUCACGAAAACGGGAACAAUCAGCCAAAAGAGAAAUCAAUUUUGGAGACAUUCUCGAAAAUGCUGAAUCAUGUCAAACUGAUUCAUAUCAUCAUCGAUGCUUUGGAUGAAUGCGAAACAAGGAAGGAGGUACUCCUUUGGAUAGAAAGCCUCAUCAACCUGAAACAUCCAGGCCUCCACCUGUUCAUUACCAGUCGAAAGGAAGAAGAGAUUGAGUCAGUAUUACAGCACUUGAUCGAUAAUGAGGGCAUCAUCCCCCUCCAGGGAGAUCAGGUUAAUGUUGACAUUCGCGCGUAUAUCUAUCAACGACUGCGGGAUGAUCGUGGAUUCGAGAGGUGGUCCUCACAUCCAGAUGUACAGAGCAAGAUUGAGAAUGAGUUGAUGCAAAAGGCUAAUGGAAUGUGGGCUGCAUGUCAACUUGAUGCUCUACAAGAUUGCCUAAAUCUUGAGUUGCUUGAGAAGUCGCUCCAAUCUCUUCCCAAGACACUGGAGGAAACUUACGAUCGUCCUUUGACGCUCCAAGAAGCUGUUGAUAUUAUGGCGGUCGAUUUAAGUCGAGAUCCCUGCUUUGACCCGGCACGGAGAAUGCCAAAUCCGCGGGAGAUCGUGAGAUUCUGCUCCAGCCUCGUCUCUCUGGUCAAGAGAAAAGUUCAACCGUCAAUGGGUGAUUCCUAUUCAGAGGACUCAUGGAUCUACAAUUCAGACUGGUCAGAGGAGUCAGAAGACUUGGAGGACUCAGAGGAGAACUCAGAGGAGUCAGAAGACUUGGAGGACUCAGAGGAGAACUCAGAGGAGUCAGAAGACUUGGAGGACCCAGAGACCUCGGAUCGCCCAGAGGCUUCAGAGGCUCCAGAUGACCAGGAGGAGGUGGAGGAGCUUCAGUUGGCACAUUUAUCUGUUCAGCAAUACUUAAAGUCCAGUCGGAUUCAAAGUAGUGUCCCAGGCCAUGUAAUUGAUGCCGGUGUGGUGUUUCAAGAUGGCAUGUGUGAAAUGAACGCAAGAGGUUUAAUCACAAGAAUAUGCCUCGCAUAUUUAUCUCACCCAAGCGAGCACCAAACUAGUGAACAAAUCCAGGCGGAAUUUCCAUUCGCGCAUUACUCUGCUCGGCUUUGGAUUUAUAACGCAACCACCACUGAGACAGACGAGAUGGUUGAGCAAAGUAUCAUGGACUUCUUUUUGCCAAGGGGUCAAGCAUAUAUGGUAUGGCGUAAACUAUGGCGCCUAUAUCGCACAAGAUCAGGUUCAUAUCCAGCAAUCAUAGCAGCUCCGUUGUAUUAUGCAUCCUUUUAUGGCCUAAAGCAUACGGUACAAUUGCUACUGGAGCGAGGAGCCGACGUCAACGCACAGGGAGGCAAGUUCGGCAAUGCACUCCAGGCAGCUUCAAUGUCCGGACACAAAGAUAUCGCACAGCUACUCCUCGUAGCUGGCGCAGACGUUAAUAUAACUGGAGGUCAUUAUGGGAAUGCACUUAUAGCUGCUUCAAGCUCUGGGCAUAAGGACAUCGCACAGCUACUACUCGCAGCCGGCACCGACGUUAACGCACAAGGGAACUUCUAUGGGAAUGCACUACAGGCUGCUUCAAGCUCUGGACACAAAGACAUCGCACAUCUACUCCUCGCAGCCGGCGCCGACGUUAAUAUAACUGGAGGUCAUUAUGGAAAUGCACUUACAGCUGCUUCAAGCUCUGGGCAUAAGGACAUCGCACAGCUACUACUCGCAGCCGGCACCGACGUUAACGCACAAGGGAACUUCUAUGGGAAUGCACUCCAGGCUGCUUCAAGCGCUGGACACAAAGACAUCGCACAUCUACUCCUCGCAGCCGGCGCCGACGUUAAUAUAACUGGAGGUCAUUAUGGAAAUGCGCUUACAGCUGCUUCAAGCUCUGGGCAUAAGGACAUCGCACAGCUACUCCUCGCAGCCGGCACCGACUUUAACGCACAAGGGAACUUCUAUGGGAAUGCACUACAGGCUGCUUCAAGUUCUGGACAUAAAGACAUCGCACAGCUACUCCUCGCAGCUGGCACCGACGUUAACGCAACCGGAGGUCAUUAUGGGAAUGCACUACAGGCUGCUUCAAGCUCUGGACACAAAGACAUCGCACAUCUACUCCUCGCAGCCGGCGCCGACGUUAAUGUAACUGGAGGUCAUUAUGGGAAUGCACUUAUAGCUGCUUCAAGCUCUGGGCAUAAGCACAUCGCACAGCUACUCCUCGCGGCCGGCGCCGACGUUAACGUAACUGGAGGUCAUUAUGGAAAUGCACUUAUAGCUGCUUCAAGCUCUGGGCAUAAGGACAUCGUACAGCUACACCUCGCGGCUAGUGUCGACGUUAACGCACUGGGAGGCUUUUAUGGGAAUGCACUCCAGGCUGCUUCAACGGCCGGACAUAAAGACAUCGCACAGCUACUCCUCGCAGCUGGCACUGACGUUAAUGUAACCGGAGGUCAUUAUGGGAACGCACUUAUAGCUGCUUCAAGCUUUGGACACAAAAGCAUCGUACGGCUCCUCCUCGCGGCCGGCGCCGAGGUUAACGCAGAAGGAUACUUUUAUGGGAGUGCACUACAAGCUGCUUCAAGAUCUGGACAUAAAGACGUUGAACAGAUACUUCUCGCGGCUGGCGCCGACUUCAAUGCACCCUGA